AAGAUACUACAAAAUUUCUGGACCCCAGUGUGUUUGCAGAGUCUGUAUGUCUACCGUGGAGAUGGGACCAAUGGACUUGGAUAGGCAAGUGAACCUGACAGUGGAGGAUGGCUAUAGAUCAUUAAUAGACUCUAGUAUACCUGUAUGCUGCACAAAUGCCACAACUCCAUCCUUUGACCACCUCCCACCAGAUUUGGAAGAUAGCACAAAGCUGAUUGGGGUGCAAAUCAUACUUAUAGUAGCUUACUGUACCAUCAUUCUUCUUGGUGUUAUUGGCAACUCCUUGGUCAUCUAUGUUGUAUUUAAGUUUAAAACACUGCGCACUGUGACUAAUUUUUUCAUUGCAAACCUUGCUGUGGCAGAUUUAUUGGUAAAUACUUUGUGCCUGCCAUUUACAUUGAUCUACACCCUUCUAGGCGAGUGGAAAUUGGACAAUGUGUUGUGUCUUUCAAUGGUCCCAUAUGCUCAAGGUUUAGCAGUGCACGUAUCUACAGUAACCCUAACUGUCAUUGCUCUAGACAGACAUAGAUGCAUAGUCUAUCACUUUGAGACCAAAAUGUCCAAGGAGACUUGCUUUAUUGUCAUUGGCAUUACAUGGAUGAUCAGCGCAGUACUAGCAAGCCCACUGGCUAUCUUUAGAGAGUAUGGUACAUUCCACAUAUCCCCUGAUAAAUCUAUUCAGUUUUGUACUGAGAAAUGGUCUGAUAACAACCGAGAUGGCACUGUAUACAGCAUCUCAAUGCUGCUGCUGCAAUAUGUGUUGCCACUGUCAAUCAUUUCCUUUGCGUACAUCCGAAUCUGGAGUAAACUGAAGAACCAUGUAAGUCCAGGUGAAGGGAAUGUUCGCCACCACAGAAGAACGAAAACCACAAAAAUGUUGGUUACCGUUGUGGUAGUGUUUGCCGUGAGCUGGCUGCCAUUUCAUGCUUUUCAGCUUUGCAUUGAUAUCGAUAACAACGUCUUAGAUAUGAAAAAUUUUAAAUUAGUGUAUACCAUAUUUCAUGUAAUAGCUAUGUGCUCUACUUUUGCCAACCCAUUCCUUUAUGGGUGGAUGAAUAAUAACUACAGAAAUGCUUUCAUAAAUGUGUUUAAAUGCGAGCAGAAGGUUGAUUCUAUCCACCUGGAGGGCCAAGUGGAGUUCAAUACAAAAAAAAAGACCUUGGAAGCAGAAGAUAUAGCCAAUGCGAACGGUCAUUCAACAAAGCGACAUCCCACCAAUGUUUGA